AUGCGAAACCUUUUUUGUGCGUGGCGUUGCGUAAGAGGAGUGGACACAUCUGUCAUUACGGCUUCGCACACAUUUCUCAGCAUUGUCAUUGCUGUUCGGCACAAGAGUCUCGGUGCAGAGGUUCAAGCCAAUCCCAACGACAGGGGUGGCGCUGGGCCUGCUCUUGAGGACGUUGCCAACAUCACGCCGCGGCAAACGGAUAUGGGGCAGGUUCUGCAUCAACUCUUAUGGCGGGCAAGGGAUGCACUUCUCAUGCAAGAAGAAGAAACGAAGGAACACGAAAGUGCGGGAAGAGAAAAGAGGAAAAAGAAGUGGAUUGGUGAACCGGGCACGUCGCAGCGACUGACGUACUCACAGAUCCACGCCGCAGAUGCAACAGGGCUAUUCGAGGUGGACUGGGGCAAGGUGAGUCGGCUGACGCGAAGAACACAAGAUGGCCUUUCCACCAGCUCUCCUUUAGAGCCAACGUGUGAGGAAAGCAUAGCGCUUCUGUGUUCGUUGCUCGCCGUGGCACUGAAGCUGCGGAAAGGGGGAGCGUCAACGGAGUUUUUGUCCUCACACGUGACGAUGACGCUUCCGCCGCUGAAAUCAGCGGAGGCCGUUGUGGCGCCAUUGGGCCGCCAGGCACGACUGUGGGGUGAGCUGCGGGAAUGGCACCUGUUGUUGUCGUGUGCGUCCGUCACUUUUUCGCGGAUUGGCCGGGAGUGUGUCACAGAGAAGGCAUUACGCGAUUUGGUACGAGUCUUUUUGGACAAACUUGACGCGUUGUGUUUGCCCGCCGUCAAGAAGAAAAGGACGGGACGCCAUUUCAGAGCCGAGGAGGAAACCGACACGGUUUCUGAUGGUAUGGGUGAUACAGUAACAAACGCGCUGUGGCGUGUAGCAAUGCUUUGCCGUGUGAUGGAAGACGUCUUGCGGUGUGAAGGAGAGACGCCAAACUCAUCGCCGCACGCAACGGAGGGAGGUGAGGAUGUGAAGGACUCUGAGAAGUCACGCCAUCUGGCGAGGGUUGUCAAGUGUGUGAUGUGCGAGCUGGAGAAACGGGUGUUCACAAUCCGUGAACGUGAGGGGUCUGUAGAAACGGUGGAAGGCCUUGAGGCUCUUGUCAUGAAGUCAUUUCAGUACUGUUGUGCUCCCGAGUCUUGCGAGGAUCGGCACUCAUCUGCGUACAAGGGAGCGCCGGCCGAAGCGUUGCUGUCAUUCUGCGGAGCAUACUUCAAGAUGGUGCCUUUUUGCCUCAUGACGGCGGCCGCGGAGGCGGGGAAGCAGGAGGGGGCCGUUUUGAAUGCAGUGGAGAACAAGGACUGCUGUGCCGUCACGAUUGUACUCACAAUUCGACAAAGUUGGUUGCGCCAUCAAUCUGCCUUACAGCUUCACGGUGUCAUGGCGGCCUUUUGGUGGUUGCGGUUGCUGCCCAUAUUGCUUGAGGGCUACUCGGACGUGACGGCGCAGCUGCGGUUUGAGCACCAUCUUCAUGGCAGCGGCCACAUGAGCAUCCGACAACUAGAGACGGUGCAGACGGAACUGGUCAGCACGGUAAGUUCCAUGUUGUACUUUGACGAGAAGGCGUUCGAGGAGCGACGGGCGGCACGGACGACGGGACCUGCCGCGGAGGAGGAUGGGGGCGGUGGUGACGCUGGCACGUACGACACGAGUGAUGCACGACUGAGACGACAUCGCGGGGGUCGAUCGCUCUUUAGGAAGAAGGAUGAGAAAGAGGGGGUGUUGCUCCCAACCUCUGCAGAGGCCAUGCGUAAGUCGUCCCGCUUCUCACCACGGCGGGUGUGGGAGAAGAAUGACUUGUCGGGGACCACCGCGUCCGGGGCGGCUAGCGGCACGGCGGUGAACAGCCCGUUGUUUGACAUGAUCGUCGCCGCGAAGGACGCCGUGUUUCAGCUAUCGGAUUUGCAUGCCGUGGAGCAGCCGAACCGCAGUACAGCGCUGGAAAUGACGUGGUUGGCGUUGUUGGCAGCCCGUCGUCGCGUGGAGAAGACGAAGUCAACACAAAAAAUGACCCAAUUUUUGAAGCCGAAACACGCCCACCAUCAGAAACAGCAGCAGCAACAACAUGAAGAAGAAGAAGAAGGGGGAGAUGUGGUAAAUAUGGGUAGGGUAUACGAGAUGAAGGACGGGGAUGAAUCUGAACUGGUGUUUCCGCCGUUCGUUGCGACGAGCCUGCAGCAUCUCUCCACUGCCCUGGCUGCCGCCGCUCACCGCGUGUACGAUAUGGCCGACACGUUACACACACGCGAUGGGAAUAUACAUCGCGUGUUGGGUGUCGCCAUCGUUGCGGGCACACAACAAAUGCUCUUGGGGAACUCUUUCUACUCGGACGCAAUUGCCAGCAACUGGUGGUUGCGUAGUAGUGCUCCAGUUUUCUUCCAAGGAAGACAUUCGCAACAAUUUAAUCUUCCCUCUUUACUGGAGUCAAAUCUUAUGAGUCUACUGGUUCAGCGAACACGUCGGCAUGAAAAAUUGGGAUGGUUAAAGCGUUCCAUAAGUACGGCUUUGGAAUGUCUUACCGCCCCUGCUGCGGCACCGUAUCUCCCUCCGGUCACCAAGCAGUGGACAUGUGCGCUGAUUCUCUCCAGUCUGCGCGAUGUGGCAUUUUUACUGAGGCAUAACGGUAAAUUCCCCGGAGCAACAAAGAUGACAGAAGAGGAAAUGAAGGUGGUACAUACAUGGGCGUGUGGUGCGUUUUCAUCUUUGCUUUCUGUACUUGCUGCAGAUGAGGAGCUUAUUCUUCUUUGCGGAUAUGCAAGUUUUAUUGACGCGCUCUUUGACCUGCAUAUUCAUCUGGGGACAGAGCAGCAGGAGUUGCUGCAGUUUGGAGAGAAUUCUUUACUUAAAUGUGUCCUCCCUGCCGUGCUGAUUAGCCUUGUGAAGAGCGCAGAGGAGGAUACCCCAGAGACACAUGCCGCAGCCUGUGAGUCCGUGCUCUUUGUUCUUGCCGUGCUUUCUAAGUUUGUGUCCUUUCCAGAUCUGAGAAUGACGGCGGCCAGAAAAAACGACAGCAGUGAUCUAUUGAUUGGCGUGGCGGUGUAUUGCCUUCGGCAUGCGCGUCGCGGGGGUGGGAAGCAUGCCAGCGACUACGGACUACCAGCGGCGCAAUUGCCCACCAUUGACAGCACCCAAGCACUGAAGAGCAGCGGCAGCAUUUCUUUCCUGUUUAGGAAGCGCAGUGGUUACUCCUACCUUCAUGUGCUUGAUCUAAGUAACGGUCUCCUUCCUUUCUCAAGGGUGCAGCCACUCUACGGCGAUCGCGAGGGCAGCUGCGUUUCGGCGCUGCAGUAUUAUUUACAGAACGGGCAGCGAGUGGACUUGUCGUCUACUGCGGAUCACAAAAAGCUGUUGGAGGAAUCUGUCAAGUGUUUGAGUUUUAUGGCGAAUACAUACAUCAGUGCCCAACUCCUCGGCAACCUGGUGCGCUUCAUUGAGCAGUACCUGCGGGUGCAGGAGCGCCUGUCUCGUGUCCCGCUGGAGGGCUCAUCAUCUCCAACGGCGAAUGCCAUGCAGCGAGAGAAUGCGAUGGCGUCCUUGACGCGUGUUGAGACGGCCCCGUUGGUGCUGCUUGACUAUAUCGGCUACCUGAGUUCCGCCGGAAGCUGGACGAUGGUGUGGUGGGCCUUCAACCUCGCCGAGACGGCGCUGAAGAUACAGCGCAAGCAUCAGUUGGCGACGACAACGUCCAUGGGAGAUGUGGCCACGCGGGCAGUUCUUUCGCAGCUACGCUCUUUGUCCAACCCGGCAACGCCGCGGCUGACGCACACUCUCAUGAGAAGUAUUCUCUGCCUCUCGGACAUCAUGUCAGAGUCGCCAAUAACGCUGCUUGGAUUUGAUCGUGUGACUCCUCUGCAUGGGCUCCUAAAGCAUGCUACACGUGGCGAGUAUCGUGCGAUGUUGUUUGCCAUGAAGCAGGCGGUGAUUCUCGUGCAGCGGGCGUCUGCAGCGUACCGUGAGACGCGCUCACAAAGCAGCACAGACGAUCCUCUUAGGAGGCAUGGUGUGGAAAAGGACUUGGAGGAAGAGGCAAGGAAAAUAGAGGAAGAAGAUGAUGAUGAUGAUGACGAAAAAGAGGCAAUAGGAUACAAGGGGAAUAAGGAAUACGAAGAACAGGAUGGAGGAAGACGACGAAAUUACUUUGCAUUGUCGGCCGUCACACGAACCCCUGAAGCAGAACGUGAGUUCAUUCUCUUUUUUGGCUGUCUUGUCGCAUGCUUUGAUAAUGUACUUGAUGUUAUUCGUGGUUGUGCUCUUCAACAGGACAUUCUUGGUGACGAGCUUCGCGAUGUGCUUCUACUGGCACUACAGACGUUGAUUCAUGUAUUGCAGGGAUGUAUACGGUCGGUUCUUGCCUUGCCCGAUGAAUUGUGGGAGCACUUCCGUGCGGAACGCGCCCAUAUGUUGUGGAUCAGUCUCUGUGUUGCGGGAUUGCUGGGACGCGUUGCCGCAGUCGACUACGGUCGUUUAUGCUUCAAUGGUACCCUUCGACGCUCCACGGAUUCUCUUCUUGGCGAAAUUGGAGAGCUCGUGGAGGCAUGCAUCAAGCGUGGCGGCGAUGAUGGCGACCAGCGUGAUAAAGGCACUGGCAAGCAGAAGGGCGGAAACCACGAGAGGAGUGAGAGGCCGCUUCUUGACACACUGACGGAGGGUUUAAGGGGGAUUCUAAGCGACGUGCAGUUGUCGUAUCGACUAGCAAUACGGCUCGGUGUUGGCAUGCGACAACGGACAGAUCUCACAGCCAUCAUCACAUCCCUUCGUGCGUUUGCGGCGGCGUCGGCUCGAUACCAACCUGCUGGCGUUGUUAUCCAUCGUGUGUGGCGCGUGCUAUGCAUGGAGGUGGGCGAGUCGAAGAAACCGUCGGGACGAAAGCAGAAGCGAUUGCCCAGUGGAGAAACUCCGGCAACCGCACUGCGUGUCCCGUCAAUAGACGAACUGCAGCUUCUUCUUGAGUCAUUUCGGGAUUUGGAGAACGAACUGACAUCCGUGGCCGCCACCAGAAAGACACAACGCCGACAUGCUGAAUUUGUGGUUGACUGGACGUGCGAGAAACCCCUGUUGAUGCUUGAACGCGUAACGGAGGACCUGACGUUAGUGCAAAGCGACCAAAAACGGAACGUAGCGUUGGAGAAUAAAGGUGACGAUGGCGAUGAAACACUGCUGGACAUGGGCGUUGAUGCCGGGGAGUCGCAAGCUCUUCUCACGACUGGCACACUUGGAGGCAUGGAUGCCGCCAUUCUCCUGCAAGAAGAAGAGGAAGAAGGAAAGGUGGAAGGAAAAGCGAAAGAGACGAUUCCAAACGGCGAACUUAUCGAGGCGUUGAUCCGUCAAUGUGGUCGGGUGCAGACGUCAUCUGCUGUGUUGUCUAUUGUAGAUGCCGCGCUUUCCAUUCCACAGAGCAACAAAAUACUUGGGACGCAUUUCAACUGCGUGAAGACCGUCUUUACUCGGUGCACACUGGCGGAGAUUGUGGCCCUCCCUCACGCAGAGCUCAUCUUUGGCAGUCUGGAAUUAUUUGUCCGUCGGCGAUCGCCGGUGCCGCUGGAGGAGCGCCGCGGUUUAUGGUUGCAGCUCACCCAGAAGUGGAAGCGGGAGUUCCUCGAACCAUACAGCCUCCGCUUUGAGGAACUGCAGCGAGAGUUCCUGCUGUUGGUGCGGCGGCGCCGGUCUUCCGUGCGGUUGGGGGAAGGCCGGGCGGCGGUGAAUUCUGGCACCCCGCUGUUUUCCUCUUGUGGGAAUGUCAUGGCACAAAUUGCGAAAAAAGACGUGAUUCCCGUUGCGUGUGACGUGGAGAUCUCCCCCCAUGACGAUAUUGGCGGAUUGUUGGUGGAGGAAAAGGGAAAAAACUCACGUGGAAUGGGACGGUGUGAUUACGAGCAGCUCCUGAAACAACAACGAUACGAACAGCAGCAGAAGCCGUCUGUUCCAUUAGGUAUUCUUUUCACCAUUCUCACCGAUCUUUCGCGUGGACCACGUGGUGAGGCGGGGUUGGAGGACUUUGCCAGGGUGUUCACGACGUAUAUUGCGAGAGAGUACUUUCUCCUGCGUCAAAGAAUGGAUGGGAAUGCGAUGAAUGUCAUGCGAUUUAUGCAGAAUCCCCAUCAACUGGGCCCACGUAUUUAUCAGCGACGGCGUCUCCCGGUAAGCUGCGCACAUGCGAAUGACGUAGCGGGGUGGUUUCUUACGCCUGCGGAUCGUCAGUCCGUCAUGACGGCCUUGUCCCAUAUAAGUGAGGGCGUGGAGAUGGAGGCAUUCAACUCGGCGGAGCACGGCGUCUUUGAGUACAUGCGCUCAUUGUGUCUGUAUCUGCAUCUCCUUGCCCUUACCGUGCAUGUCUUUCAUCGAUUUCGCAUGCACGGGGACAGCGAGAUGCGUGACGGUGUGCGGCAGCGGCGGCAGCAACAACAACAACAACAUGGUCGUUGUGGAUUUGAGGAAGAUGUGGAGGAGGAGGGGGGAGAUGCGGCGCAAUGGAGUGAGCACCGUAGCCAGGAUGCAGAAGCGCGCCUGGCAGAACGUCAACUACAUGCGGAUACGCGACAAACAGAUCCGGAUAGCGUCAACAUGAACCUCCUGGAGAGUUCGCUUCUUCAUUUCCUGAAUGUCAGUCUGGCGCUUGUGGACCACACCGACUUGAUGAUACACCGUGCGACAAGUAUUGCCACUGCACCAGACAGCGAUCACGAGCACGCGCGUAAGGCACUUCUUUACGCAGAUGAACUGCGUCUGAUGGUUGCUGUGGCUCUGCAGGACACCAUUCGUGUGCUUCUCCGGGAUGCUCCGCUGCGGGCUUCGUUUGCCCGCCGCGUCGUUCAUCGUAUUAUUUGCAGUUUCUCGUGCGACAUUCUCCCGGAGGUGUCAUGGAAUGGAGCCGCGGCGGGCAAACAGAAGGGACAUUCUUCUCAGGAGCCUUCUGUGAACAUGAUGGCGCUGGAUGCGUGGCGCUCCAAGCGGCCAGAGCUCUUUGUGCGAUCCCCCACGCUGUUGUGUCUUCUGUCGCCAUCGUUCUUCAACGAGGUACUCUCGCAGAACAUCCGCAACGCUCUGAGCCUCACGCUGACACAAGUUGUUGCCUCCCUUCACUUUUACCUUCGUCGUACGGAUGCCCAUUUGUCGCCAUUGAUGACGGCAACGACAAGUAUUCUUUCAAACACGUACGUGCGAAAUGCAGCGCUUCGUCUGUUUUGCGAGGAGCUUUGUGGCCAAAUCGUGGAGCGGACAAGCUUCCGUGAGGCACUUGCACCACCAACGGUUGCCUCGGUGCAGCAGGGAGUUGCGGGCUCUGUCCCUGAUGAGGUUCUCAUCCCGUUCCUUGCCUCCAUAUGCCGUGAGGAUGCCUUUGUCAGCAAAAAUGCGUUGGCAAGCGUCCUGUACCACAGCAUGAGUCUCCGUCCCGAUGUGUUUGGUCAGCCCCCCAUUGUGGACCGCUUCGCCAGGUUCGCCAUUGCCCGGAGAGGCAGCAGCAGCAGCCAUAAUAAUAAUAAUAAUAAUAAUAAUAAUAAUAAUAAUAAUGGAUCCGUGUCGACGUUAGAACUAGGAGGCGUUCAUGGAAACGAUAAAAGUGCCGCUGCUGCCCCUGUUGCUGCGGGUGUGGGUAGCAAGGCAGGGGUGAGGGAGAGUUCGGCGAAAAGCCGAUUGAGUCUGGGGGUUUCGAACACAGAUGUGGUCCUUGAAAGUCCCAUUUCCUCCAAUGCAGCCGAGGCAACAAGCGAGGUGAUGGAUGUCACCUCCACCACACAAGCAGUUGACGAGGAGGAGGACGAGGUGGAGACACUGAGCCGGUUUAUGGCAGACCAGUCGGAUGAAACAGCCACGCGCACACACAAACGCACACUCUUCUCUCUCAAUCUCACACUAGCGGAGGUGAUGGAGACCGCCAUGCAUUUUUCACAAAUGCGACCGACCUCAGCUGAAGAAUAUAAGAAGGCAAUGGCCAUGAUACGAGCGGCAGAUGACGCACGACACGAGCGUAUUGCAGCAUUUCGUAGUGCUACGCCAGCAACCGGUUCUCAUAAUGGCAUGGGUUCGUCGCCGUCUUCUUUAACCACCACCCCCACAGUUGGGUAUCCAGAUGCGGCGUUACAUAUUGAGGAACCAAUGCAUUUUGGUGUUGUUAUGCUUCAUAUUCGUUUUGCCCUGCGAAAAAUUAUUCAUGCUUCCAUGCGUCGCCUUGCGGCUCAGCAGGGACCCAAGACACUUUCUAUGAUGGUCGAAAUGUUGCGAGAGGUGGACCCCAAGUGGCACCAAAAUCAAAAUAACAACAGUGGUGAACUCCGUCGGCAGUCCGAUAGCAUGCUUGCCGGAACCCUCCGUGUACUCGUGGCACGUUCUGUCGUCUGUGUCGACCUUGUAGGGGAAGCCGGGGAUCUUCUUGGCGGCGGGGCUGGCGGUCUAGCAAUAAGUGCAGUCGGCUUGCAGCGCACGGAGCGGGCAUUACAUUUGGUGCAGCGUGCGAAGCGCAGCGCUACUGGUUCUGGUGGUAAUACCGGUGACCACGUUAGCCGCCGUCAUCCUCAACGACAUCGAGGAGAUGGUGGUGCCAGAAGCUUCUCUUCGGGCGAAAAACGUUCUGUUUCAUGA